UAUCUUCUUUGAUUCGCAUAGCUACUCCCUCUCACUCGCAACUCUUCUUUGCAACUAAAAACAUAUAUAGAAUUUCACAUAAAGCUUGAUAAUUUUAAAGUGGCAUAUGCAGUCUUCACUUGAGUCAUCACUCAUCAACCAACAUAAAAGAAGAGACAUAACACUAAGGAAACAAGGUCAGACACUGAUGAGUGAGUGGGGUGGUCACUACUAAAGAGCUCAUCACCUGAAACUUUGAUUUCUUCCCACAAAACAGCUGUGCUAUAUAAGGACGUGAAGUUUGGUUGGUUGGAGAAACAUGGCCACUGCUGCUACUACUGCUCAUUCAACAUUAAUUCCACCACUUGACAUGUUGGAACACGUGAUCGAUUUCGAUGUUAAAGACCUUGAAGACUCGACUCUAUUUGGUAAUCACAUGAUAUACACCGUUCCUUCCAAACUUAGGAAGAUGGAUGAAGAAGCUUUCACCCCUCAAUUCAUCUCAAUAGGACCCAUUCACUUCGGCAAAAAAGAGCUGAACGAAAUGCAACAGCUAAAGUAUAUGUACUUCAAGUUCUUCUGUUCGCGUAUCUUAAACGAGGAAGCCAUUACCAUCAUGAAGUUAUACAAAGGUUUCCUUGAAAGCCGUGUAAAAAGAAUAAGAGAGUGUUAUGCGCAUAAGUUUCCAGCAGAGACAAGCAACGAGAAAUUAGUGGAAAUAGUGCUGCUAGAUGCUGUGUUCAUCGUGGAGCACCUACUGAGGGAGAGGGAAUAUAUUCAUCAAUAUAUGUUAACCAACUAUGUUAGAAAAGGUAUCCAGAGGGACUUAUUACUUCUUGAGAAUCAGCUUCCAUUGUAUGUGUUGGAGGAACUCUAUAAUUAUGCUAAAGCCUCAGCCAGCAGAGAUUUACCUUGUUAUGAAUUUCGUGAACUUACCCACCAUUACUUCGAAUCUCUUGGUCUCUACGCGGAAUAUUCAGAAAGUGACUAUAAGGCAGUUCAUUUCCUGGAUUUUGUUUGGAGAAGCUGUGCUCCCGAUAAGAAGUUUCUGCACAAAGAAUUGUAUGCAAAGCAUGCAAUUUUGCAAGUGAACGCAAGCAAGUUGUAUGAGGGUGGGGUAAGUUUUAAGUGCGUUGAUGAUAGAUGCCUGAUUGACGUAACAUUCGGGACGAUGCGGCCAUUCAACGGCAAUUUACUUUGCUUGGGUUGCUUGCCAUCAUCAUGCUUGGAGAAUUUCAAAGCUCUAUUGAUGCUCCCGCCGUUGAAAGUUGAUAAUGCAACAGUAACUGUUCUGAAGAAUUUAAUGGCGUAUGAGCAAAAUCAUUAUCCGGAUAAACCUUUCAUCAUCGGCUACGUGUCUCUGUGGUGCUCGCUCGUUCACACCAAAGAAGAUGUAGAGUUGCUGGUGGAGAAAGAAUGCAUUAUCCGAGAACAGGUGAGUGAUAAGGAAGUGGUGAAUCUGGUGAAGGACCUUUCUAAGCAUGUCAUUUCCAGUAAGACGUGCUACCAUAAAGUCAUAAGAGAACUCACACUCCACACCAAGAGUGGCUGGAAAAAGGCCAUGGAAACAGUCAGGAGAGUGUAUUUCCGUGACACUUGGAGAGGCAGUUCCACCAUUGUCGGCAUUUUUGUCCUUAUCUUCACCGUCGUCAGCUUCUAUCGGAAUAUUCAUGCUUUAGUUUCUAAAGAAAACUAAUUGAGCUUCCUUUUAAUUUCUUUUCAGAACCAUCACUUUUGAUCAAAACUUAGCUAUCAUUUAGCCAUCAGAAUAUUUUUAUACCAUC